ACAGAGGUCCUUGAAGCUUUUAACACGAAGUUAUGAAACCAUAGCCACAAAAGGAAUUUUCACGACAAAUACUCAAGUAAAAAUGGAGUUUUUUAGAGAACCCAAAGAGCUCCAGGGUAACCAGGAUAGAGAGGAAGAAGAUAAGAGUAGUGCCAGUUUAAGCGUACCCAGUAAUUCCGAUAGCUGUCACUCUUCUCCAUCUAAAGACUCAUCUUCAGAAAGGUCAUCUAGCGACGGAGAAGGUGUAGGGGAAAGUGAUGUAGGGGUGGAUGUGCUUGUGCUUGCUGAAUGGGAGGGUAAAACCAUUACUGGGAGGCUGAGUAACAUCCGCCAGGGGCCACAGAACUUGUUUGUCGAUUUUAGGUUCAGGGCGGCGCUUCAUCACGAAGUGGCAGACGGUGCACCCACCAUCAAGGGAAUAGUAAAUUCUGUCAAGGCAGAGGGAUUGGUCAACCUGGAGGCCCUGGUUACCCCAGAGCAGCUCGCGAUGCUUGGGUUUGUGGAUGUCUCAAACCUGUAUCUCGAAGGAGAAAUGAGUAGCGUGUUGGAGAGGCAACAUGAACGAGCUCAGCACUCAAGAGGUCACCGAGGAGAAAGCACUUCACAGAGGCAUACGCGCUUUGAUGAGCGACCUGUUGCGCCACCUCACAGCUCAUCUCAUCGAGGGUAUGCAGAGUUUAUUCCCCUAGUGGACUGGCAGCGUGCAAAGGGCUAUAUACAACAGCAUGGAGGUCAUGCUGAUAUGUUAAAAUUGAUGGAUGCAUUCAGCUACGCGAUCGCACUGUGCGAGUGCGAACAAGGAGCUCAUGGGCAAACCCGUGAGCUCACUGAAAACUGCAAGCAGUUGACUUCUGAGAAGGCAAGCUUAGAAGAUGAGGUCAACCUCUUGCAAAGGUCAGAGAUGGCUAACCGAGCUACGUCAGCUGAAAGCCGAGCUGAUGGGUUGGCCAACCAAGUGAACAAGCUGAAGAAGGAGUUGGAGAGGGCUUGAGCUAAGAGGGAUAACGAGAUUCAAGCCGCAAAGGAUGAGGUCGAUCGUACUGAAGACUGUGC